UGCUGCACCAAGGAUGCACGUGCUGCUCCGCGCAUUUCAAGAUCAAGAUGGCAGCCUCCGUGUGUCGGUGCUACGAGCUGGUUGCCAGACGUGCCUUGGCCCUCUGCUCCCGGCCUCUGGUAUCCUCAGCGUGGAGAGGAGAUGCCUACAGGUUACGUGGGAGUCCAGCUCCCUCUGUGCAGGUGCGAUAUGCUUCAGGACGCAAAGGUUUCCUUGGAGAGUUUGUGGACACCCUGCGUCAGGAGUUCAGUAAGAAUCAGGAGAUGAAAGACAACAUAAAGAAGUUUAGAGAAGAAGCGAAGAGGCUUGAGGAGUCUGAUGCUCUCCAGCAAGCCCGUAGGAAAUAUAAAACUAUAGAGGCUGAGACAGUGAAGACUUCAGAGGUGUUUAAGAAGACCUUCGGCUCCCUGUCAGACACGGUCAAGGAGGGUCUUGAGGAGGUGAGUCGUACUGACAUUGGGAAGAAGAUCAAGGAAGGCGUGGAGGAGGCAGCCAGGACAGCCAUGCACUCUGCUGAGUCCGUCUCCAAAGGAGGAGAAAAACUGGGCCGAACCGGUGCUUUCAAGGCCAUCUCACAGAGUGUGGAGACCAUGAAGAAGGAGAUAGAUGUUGGUGAUGCCGGCCCUUACAGAGCUCCCUCUCAGCUGAGGAAGAGAAGCGAUUUCUCCUCCAAAGGAGCUGACAGCGUUGUGUUCGAGGCCAAUGAAGAGGCUAUGGGUGUCGUUCUCCACAAGGAUUCAAAGUGGUUCCAGCAGUGGAAGGACUUCAAAGACAAUAACGUAGUUUUUAACAGGUUCUUUGAGAUGAAGAUGAAAUAUGAUGAAAGUGACAAUGCCCUCAUCAGAGCGUCCAGAGCUGUGACUGACAGAGUCACUGACUUCCUAGGUGGUCUUUUCUCUAAGACAGAAAUGUCUGAGGUGCUGACAGAGAUCGUGAAGGCAGACCCCACCUUUGACAAAGACUCUUUUCUCAAACAGUGUGAAAAAGACAUCAUCCCUAACAUACUGGAGGCUAUGAUCCGUGGAGAGUUGGAUGUAUUAAAAGACUGGUGCUAUGAAGCUACAUACAGUCAGCUGGCUCACCCCAUCCAGCAGGCCAGAGCACUGGGGCUGCUCUUCCAGUCCAAAAUCCUUGACAUUGAUAACAUAGAUCUAGCGAUGGGUAAGAUGAUGGACCAGGGCCCAGUGCUGAUCAUUACCUUCCAGGCACAGGUUGUCAUGGUGAUCCGCAGCCCCAAAGGAGACAUUGUGGAAGGAGAUCCGGGGAAGGUGAUGAGGAUGAUGUAUGUUUGGGCAUUGUGUCGUGACCAGGAGGAGCUGAACCCCAAUGCAGCCUGGAGACUCCUGGACAUCUCUGCCUCCAGCACUGAGCAGGUCCUCUAGGAGGAGGAGGAGGAGGAGGAGGAGGAGGAGGAGGAGGAAGAGGAAGAACACAGGUGAAAAGGUUGAUGGAACACACAAACUGUGAAGAAGGGCAGCACAAAGGAUGUGCCUGCUAACACCUGCACGCACUGACUCACGCAUACAGUAUAUGUAGAUUAACAUCUGAGGUCAUGCUCCUUUGUUAUGCCAGAGACUUCAUUUGCACAUGUAUAUAUUCAUCCACUCUAAGGUGCAAAAAUAUACAUGAACAUAGAGAUAAACUACCGAUAUAUCCAUAGAAAACUGGGUCCACCAGUAUGUGUGUGUGUAGUCUCUUGCACUGGUUCACUCAGUGCUUGGAUUUCCAGGUGGAGUCGAAUAUAGAACAUUUACAUUAUUUUUGGAAUGGAUGGAACCAACCUGUUCACCAACUGGCUAAAAGAGGAGCCUGUGCCAUUUCCUUUGUUGUUUUACCCAAUGGUAUAAUCUAUCCAUACCAGCCUAGUGGCCAGGUCCAAGAAGAUCGGUGGGAAAAAAAUGGACAUCGUGCCUGUGACUUUACCUGCUGGACACUUGAAGCCUAAAACGAAGUUUAAUGCCCAUGCUCACUGUCUUUGUCAAAAAAUGUGAAAGAAAAUUUGGCAGUGGCAUGGAGUCGCAUGUUGCAGCAACCAACAUAGCUGAGUAGGACAGCAUGAGAGACCUUGGUAAUCAAUGCAGGUUCCGUAAUUCAAGUUAAAGGGGAACUCAGUGUUAUACAGGUACAUCAGUUUAUUUCCACAGCGGGUAGCCUGACAAGACUCCCAAUGACAACUAAAUUGGAGUACGACUUUAAUCACUAUAAAGCACACAUAAGAGAAUGAGAUGUCGUAAAUGUCUUUAGACAGAAAAUGGUAACCAAAUUAGCACUGACCAUUAAACCAAGUGCACCUUAAGGCAUUACAGCAUUGGCUACAAAAUUCAGCUGUGGUGGUUCCUGCAGGCUUUUACAUCAGAAAACACAUGUACAACAAGUAAGAUGACGUUUGGACCAUAUAGUGUAGGAUAUAAGGAUCUGUAUAGUCAGGGUCCCUGCUGUCAUAUGUGCUGCAGCUUAAAGCGAGAAGACAUAUCUUUGUGUUUGUAUUUGCAGUUAUAUAACGAAGCAUAUGUUUUAUCAAGUUGCAGUGCAUUGGACCCCCAGUCACUGUAUGCUCUGUACACCAUCAGUAAGUAGAAAUGUAUUUACAGCUCUUAACCCUUUGUAAAUAUAUUAAAUAUCAAAUACUGCUUCUUUGUAAGCUUGGGUGGGACCACAUUCAUAUGUGCCAUGGCAGCUUUAUUGUUUAAGGAUCCUUUGCCAUCUCAUGUUGCACGUUGUUCAGCUGUAUUAAAAUAUGUUUGGUUUACUUUUAUGUAUGUGGCUUUUCAAGGGGUUAAUGCUGAAGAUGAAAACUUGAAUGAAUGAGUACAUUACUGUUGACUGUAUUUAAAAUGAAUUCUGUGUGACCACGUGAGUCUACUCUGUCACUGAAGACUGAACACAUUAUGAUUGUACUGUAACGUUUUCCUCUACUGUUCGAUUAACCUACAGAAACAUCCAUACUUGUGAAGAGUAAUUGAGCUCAUGAUGAAUAUCUGUUGUGCCCAGAUUGUACCUUGAGAAUCACGAUUUAUAUGUAUGACAUUUAUCAUCCAUGGCCAAAAGCGUAUGAUGUGAGAUGGUCUGUUAAUAAUUAGAGUUCUUGACAACCCCUUCCAGUCAAACCAUGCUCAAGUAGUGUGUCUUUGUGAUGAGCUCCUGGUGUGUGCUGACAAUACAAUAUCCAUCACAUGGUUGUAUUUUUAGAAAAAGCAUUCAGGGAUACAGAACCCCCUGUGCAUCUUAGAGACAUUGUGCCUUGGGGUGAAAAAUUAAACCCACAAAUUAGGGCCACACUUAGCAUAAAAUGUGCACUCAAUUAUAGAAUUCAAACAACAGGUGAGAGAAGUCCUUGAUAAAUAUGUAUAAGCUGUGAAGGGAGAGACUGUUGGUGAGUUUCCCUUACAGCUGGUCCACGGCAAAAUCUCUCAACAGGUAUAAGUCUGAUUGCCAUGUAAUAUGGUAUAGAUAUUUUUCGUCCCCACAUAGUGAAUAAUGAUAAAUUAUAAUAUAUAUAACUUUUCCUCUAGCACUACUACUCAACAGAUCACCACUGUGUUUGUCCUAUGCAACACGUUAACAUUGUGGCCAGGACUUCAUAGUUUUAGUCUUCUUGUCUUAUUGUGUAUAUUAAUUCAAGGCACAAAUAUAUUCCAGCCAUUAAACUAAGAUUUAUGUUUUACCAGAUUAAAUCUAUCUGUUACUGUAUAAGAAUUUUUUUUUAUAUUUUACCAGAAUAAAGAUCAAAUUCUUAAGAUUGGAGUACAUUGGUUUACAUAAAGUGACAACAGACCCAGUGUAACUUGUUAUUGUGUCAACAAGUGAUUUAGGAAACAACAAGGUUUGCUUGGAAAUGACCCUGUUGCCACAUUUUCCCAUGAUAAUGAAUCAUUUUCCAUACUGUAUGAUGUAAAUGCAUUUUAAAGUGUUCCACUAAGAUUUACACAUUACAUUCGUCUUUGAACUUUACAACCAUUGUUUUAUGUUUUAGUUGACCAAAGAAAAAUAUAUUCAUGAGUUUUUCUAUUUUUAUCCAGUAAUAUGUCUGAAUAAAGAGUGCUGUAUUAUGA